AUGCCCGCAACGAGAUGGACGGGAUAUAAUUACACCAACGUCACACUUCCCGAUUACUACAGCACCAAAGGAGGCAACUCUUCAUGGGGUGGCCAGAUUAUCCAAGACAGGCAGGAGAAUGGGCUUUUCCAUCUCAUCAUCUCACAAUUCGCACAUGGAUGUGGCCUGUCUGGCUGGAGACCCUUCAGUACUGUCAUCAGAGCAGAGUCUAGGACCGGGCCGCUCGGUCCCUAUCACUACGCCCAGGAACUACUUGGGCCCUUCCGUCACAAUCCGACGACCAUCUGGAGUCCUGCAGACAAUCAAUACCUUCUCUACACGAUCGGAAUAGAGACAGAGACACCGACCACUUGCAAAUCAUACAAGUGGGCCAACAACAUUUCAGUCUCAAGCGCCCCCGAUGUUCGUGGGCCCUGGUCUUCUCCGCAGUUGCUGAUCAACGGGACCAACCCAACACUCUGGCCGCUCUGGAGUCCAGAGGACCCAACAUCUGAGAUGAUACUCGGCGCCGAGGACAACAAGAUCUUCGCGGCCGACACCUUCUCCGGCCAGUACGACCUCAUCAAGACCAUGCCAUGGAACACGUCCGACUACAGCGACCACUGGACCGAGGACCCGUUCCUGUGGCGGGACAAGCGCGGGAACUGGCAUAUCCUGUGCCACUGGAUGAUCGACACUGCCGAGCGAGGCGAGAAGUUCCCUCGGGUGGGCGGGCACUUGUUCUCUCGUGAUCUGACGGGCGACUGGACUUUCAAGCUGCAGGCGGCGUACAACACGACCGUCCAUUUCACUGAUGGUGGGAGGACGGACUAUUAUCGCAGGGAGCGCCCCAAGCUGUUUUUCAGUGAUGACGGAGAGCUCACUCCGCUUUUCCUAACCAACGGCGUGCAGGAGCUCAAUAGUUCGGGCAGUUAUACGUUGAUACAACCGAUCGGCAAGGGCGCGGAGACAUUUUCGAGGAAAUUAGGAUUUUGA